AAGGUGAUCCCCUUUUUAUUUUUGCGUUUUUUCGUUUGUUCGCAGCUGCGGUUAGGUACGCGAGUGCGGCUGCGGUUCUUGAGUGCGGUCGAGGUGUCAUUGUAUUUUUACUUACGGGCACCGCGGAUUUUUAAUCACCGACCGACCACCGGAACUCGGCUUAUCGGCUGUUUAGCACGUGGAAUGAAAGUGCACGUCAAGUACCUCGAGAUUCUACACUACUUUCAUAUAGCUGCCGGCACUCAGCUCUAGCGACUGAACCAUUGUUGGGCUGAUCACAUGGUCAAUGUACCAGUUCUAGCAUACCUAUUAUAAAUCGAUCUCAUUAUGCGGUACAAGUGAAGAAGAAACUCCUUUUCGUCCUUUUUAUACGCAAAGUGCGACCAAACGAACAUUAAAAGUGAGUAUGGAAGAAACGAGUGAAAAGGCCAGGCAAAAUCAUACGAACCUCAAAGAGGACCAAAUUGCGGAUGAAUGAAAAAAUAAAGCCCCAGCCAGAGACGUAGCGCACAGAGGAUGAAAAAUCAAAAGGACAUCGGGCUGUUGGCACUGAUAGCUGUUACCUCGUGCCUCGUGGGGACGUGCGCCGGUGGCAGCUGCAGGGCCGCGAAGCUGUGCUGUCAGGGCCGGGACUCGGGCUGCGUCAUCCAGAAAGCCUCGCCGAACGCGAUAAUCGAGGGCCCCCGUGACAAGCCCUGCUACUGCGAUCACGCCUGCCUCAGGCUCGGCGAUUGCUGCGACGACUUCAACGAGACCUGCACAGUGUCGGACUGCAGCGUCAGCGGCUGGAGCGAGUGGUCCGAGUGCGACAACAAGUGCGGCCAGGGCCGGCGGACGCGGAGCCGGCUCGUCUCGAGUCCGGGGCGUAAUGGUGGCCAGCCGUGCCCCGAGACCCACCAGAGCAACGAGUGCGAGAGUUACGAAGCCUGUCGGCGACGGGCGCGGCACUUUCGAGUUGAAGAGACCAGGUUCCUGCCGAGCAGAAACACCGGAGCGGCUAGUUUGGAGCCCAACUCGGUUACCAGGGGAUACUGCGUCGCCUUCACAAUAUUGAAAAUCUCGAGGGACUGCCGCAGAAGACUCGAGUCCUUCCACGAAGGCUCGCGAGUGUGCGUGUGGUGCAAGGAUGAGGCAACUGGCUCGUCGUGCCACUUGUACGGCCGGAGCUCGAGUUUCGGGGGUAUCGGCAGGUGGGAGAUGACCAACUCGUCGACCGGCCGGUCCUGCCGUGGCAAGUGGAUGGCCGACCUGUACGCACCGGCCAGGAACGACUGCAGCUCUCUCGUCUGCGGUGGAGGGCCCGUGCUCACCUUCCUUUAAUAUAAAAGACCCGCGUACCUCGAGACGCUCUCACACCAACCGUGGGAUAUAAAGAGAGAGUGAGAGAGACUAAAGUGCCAUUGUCCAAGUGCUGCUGGUGUUUGAUCGAUUUCGCGGGCUUCGUCUUUCCUCUUCCCCCUUUUUGUGUGUAAGAUCGGAAAGCAUAAAAGACGAACUUAAAUAUAUACAAUAUAUUUCAGGUAUGCAAUAUCGAUGUAUUGUCUCGUGGCGAGAUUUAUUGUAAGAAACAGAUGAUAUUUGUCAAUA